AUGAGCGACAGCGAGAAAGCCAAGUCCACUAUUCUACCACUUUUCAAGGACUUCUGGAAUAGUUUUGAAGCUCGAAACUAUGAUAAGGCGAUAGAACAUUAUCAUCCAGAUGGAGUCCACGUCGAGGUAGGCAAGAAGGGAGUGUAUGGAAAAAAUGAAGCCAAAAAUACUGUACAACCUAUUCUCGAUGAGAUAUGGCAGGAAUACGAUCAAGGAAACUAUGAAAAGCUUAUGGAACAUUACCAUCCAGACGCAGUUUUGAUUGAAGUUGGAAAAAAGGGAACGUACGGAAAAGAUGAUAUCAUAAAGGCAAAGAAAGAAUUCAGCCAAAGAAUCGGCAAAGCACAUAAGAGCGACAUGAAAGUUUCCAACGAAAAGUUUCAAAUGACAGAUGACUACAUCAUGUACUGUGGAGAAUCCGAGCUUAAAACCGAGAAGAAAGGAUUGAUCAAGGGAAAAUUCCAUCAGAUCUGGCGAAAAACCAACGGAACAUGGCUACUUCUGCGUGAAGCAUGGGAGUCAGAUGAUGUCUGA